UGUAGCAUAAACAUUAUAUGAAAGAUUGCAAUUUGAGGAAUCAACUUAUAAUCGGGGUUUAUUCCUAUUUGAUUUCUUUAUUUGUCUCAAAUCGUUGGCUUAUUAGCUCUUCGAGUACAUCAAUUAGCAGAGUAGUCGGACUAGCUGCAGCGACAACUAAAGAACGGCGGAGGGGUGUCUUCUUUCUUAUGGUUUGUUGAGUUGAUGGCUUCGUCCCUCCUGUCAAGAACUCUCUUGGGUCAUCGCUUGAUUACUUCCUCUCUUUCUUUCUCACCCAAACUGCAAAAUUUGACUUUUCUUUUCAAUAGACCUCUACACUUGCAAGCUCACCCAGCAGUCUCUACAGCAUUUGCGACAUCUUAUCGGCCAACUCGUGUUAUGGCUUCCUUAGGAGUUGUGAAAAGAGCUAAUUUCUCAACACAGUACGUAUCAACUAAUGAACCCAUUGUUUCUGUUGAUUGGCUCCAUGCGAACCUCCGGGAGCCUGAUAUAAAGGUAUUGGAUGCAUCGUGGUACAUGCCAGAUGAGCAAAGGAAUCCCAUUCAAGAAUAUCAGGUUGCUCAUAUACCUGGUGCUCUUUUCUUUGAUGUGGAUGGAAUAUCAGAUCGAACUUCAAAUCUGCCGCACAUGUUGCCAUCUGAGGAAGCUUUUGCAGCAGCUGUUUCUGCUCUUGGCAUCGAGAAUAAAGAUGGGUUGGUUGUUUAUGAUGGGAAGGGUAUUUUUAGUUCUGCACGUGUUUGGUGGAUGUUCCGAGUCUUUGGACAUGAUAGAGUCUGGGUUUUAGAUGGAGGCCUGCCAAGAUGGCGUGCUUCCGGUUAUGAUGUGGAAUCCAGUGCUUCUAGUGAUGCUAUUUUGAAGGCGAGUGCUGCCGGUGAGGCGAUUGAAAAAGCAUAUAAGGGACAGACUGGGCCAAUCACUUUCCAGACAAAAUUUCAGCCACAUCUUGUCUGGACCCUUGAAGAGGUUAAAAGAAACAUCAAGGAAAGAACUCACCAGCAUAUAGACGCCCGUUCAAAAGCCAGGUUUGACGGUGCUGCACUAGAACCUCGCAAGGGAAUAAGAAGUGGUCAUGUACCAGGCAGUAAGUGCAUUCCAUUCCCUCAGCUAUUGGAUGCUUCGCAAACCCUCUUACCACCAGAUGAGCUUAAGAAACGAUUUGACCAAGAAGGCAUCUCAUUGGAAAGUCCUGUGGUCACUUCUUGUGGAACCGGUGUAACUGCUUGCAUUCUUGCACUGGGUCUUCAUCGUCUUGGAAAGCCUGAUGUCGCAGUUUAUGAUGGAUCGUGGACCGAGUGGGGAGCUCAUUCCGACACACCAGUCGACACUUUGUAAAUCUUAGUUGGAACUAUUUAAGUGUGAAAGUAACCUUAUUUUGAGUGUGAAGACUUUCGGAUGGAAAUAAGUGUUGAAUAAGGAAGUGAAAUGAUAUAUUCAUGAUGAAUGUUUGUAAAACAAAAGCAGUUCUGACUUAUAAAAGCGGUGCCUAGAAAUGUAAAACAAA